AUGUUACCUACAAGCGAGUACCACGACCCCAUUCAACCUGAGCCCGACCCUCAUCUAUCACGACAUCCCGAGCAUCCUACUGCCAACCCCUUCCCUUAUCCUGAAAAUCAACAGCCCUCGGCUGUUCCCCUUGCCGCUACUGUUCGUCCCAUUCCUCCCUUCACUGAUCAUUCCACCCCCUUGUUGGAUGAGAAUUCGCAUCACGUGCCCCCUGUUCUUCCUCAACUGACUGCCCCAGAACCGAUUGAUGUUGAUACCAUUGAUCCAUCUGAGAAUGCAGCUAACCAUGGAAACCGUUACGAUCACCCUGAGU